UAUUAGAGAAAGGCCGUAGUGAGAGUAGUAGAUAAGUGAGACAGAUAUUUUCUUCAAACAAACAUAACCCCCUUCCGCCAUGGCUGCCAAUCUCUCUGCAGCUCCAGAUUUUCAUCUUUCAAUACAAAAAUCAGAUAAGACAAAGAGACUCAUUUUCUUCACUGCACCAUUAAGGCAAAGUCAUACCAGAAGGAGACUUACCAUUUCCUCCAACUCCUUUCAAUCUCCUCCAAGAACAUCUCAAAAUGUCAAAGAAUCAGCAAACCCUAAAAAAAACCCUUCUUUAUCUGACCAACUCAAGCCUCUCUCUGCAACCACUCUCUCCACCGUCAAAAGCAAUCAAACCCAACUCUUAUCUAAACCAAAGUCCACUUGGGUUAACCCCACUAGACCCAAAAGGUCCGUGCUUUCCCUUCAAAGGCAGAAGAGAUCUCCUUACUCUCUCAAUCCUGAAGUUAAAGAGUUAAGGCUUUUUGCACAGAAGCUAAAUGAGUGUGAUUCUAGUGAAUCUGCUUUUGUUUCUCUUCUCGAACAAAUCCCUUAUCCACCAACUAGAGAAAAUGCUCUUCUGAUACUUAAUAGUUUAAAACCAUGGCAAAAGGCUUAUCUUUUCUUUAAUUGGAUCAAGACCCAGAACUUGUUUCCUAUGGAAACUAUAUUCUACAAUGUUAUCAUGAAGUCUUUGAGGUUUGGGAGACAGUUUGAGCUAAUUGAGAAUCUUGCGUAUGAGAUGGUAAGCAAUAAAAUUGAGCUUGACAAUAUUACAUAUUCAACUAUUAUAACUUGUGCUAAAAGGUGUAACUUGUUUGAUAAAGCAUUGGAGUGGUUUGAGAGAAUGUAUAAAACUGGUUUAAUGCCUGACGAGGUUACAUAUUCUGCUACUCUAGAUGUUUAUGCUAAAUUGGGUAAGGUUGAGGAGGUUUUGAGUUUGUAUGAGAGAGGAGUGGCUAGUGGGUGGAAACCUGACCCUGUUACAUUCUCUGUUUUGGCUAGGAUGUUUGGUGAAGCGGGGGAUUAUGAUGGCAUUAGGUAUGUUUUGCAAGAAAUGGAAUCUUUAGGUGUACAGCCUAAUGUGGUUGUGUACAAUACAUUGUUAGAGGCACUGGGUAAGGCAGGUAAGCCUGGCUUAGCUAGGAGUUUGUUUGAGGAAAUGGUCGAUUCUGGUCUGACCCCAAAUGAGAAAACAAUAACUGCAAUGGCUAAGAUUUAUGGUAAGGCUAGGUGGGCAAAGGAUGCAAUUGAAUUGUGGGAACGAAUGAGGUUAAAUAACUGGCCAAUGGAUUUCAUUUUGUAUAAUACAUUGUUGAGCAUGUGUGCAGAUCUUGGAUUAGAGGAGGAGGCUGAGAGGUUGUUUGAGGAUAUGAAGGGAUCAAAACAUUGUAGGCCAGAUAGUUGGAGCUACACAGCAAUGCUAAAUAUAUAUGGUAGUGGAGGAAAUGCUAUUAAGGCAAUGGAGCUGUUUGAAGAGAUGUCUGGGUUGGGAAUUGAUCUUAAUGUGAUGGGAUGCACUUGUUUGAUUCAGUGCUUAGGGAAAGCUAAGAGAAUUGACGAUUUGGUUAAGGUUUUUACUAUUUCAGUGGAGAGAGGGGUCAAAACUGAUGACAGGCUUUGUGGUUGCUUGCUAUCUGUUGUGUCACUAUGUGAGGAGAGUGGUGAUGCGGACAAGGUAAUUACUUGUCUGCAGCAAGCUAAUCCAAAGUUGGUUGCAUUUGUGAAGUUGAUUGAAGAAGAGAAAACUAGCUUUGACACUGUCAAAGAGGAUUUUAAAGCUGUUGUCAGUAACACUGCAGUUGAGGCACGAAGACCAUUUUGUAACUGUUUGAUUGAUAUAUGUCGCAAGAGAAAUCUUUAUGCCAGAGCUCAUGAGCUGCUUUAUCUAGGAACCCUUUAUGGAUUAUAUCCAGAUUUGCAUAACAAAACAAUAGAUGAAUGGAGUUUGGAUGUUCGCUCAUUGUCCAUUGGUGCAGCCCAUACUGCACUCGAAGAGUGGAUGGAGACUUUAACCAAAUUCGUCCAGCGUAACGAGGCAUUGCCAAAGCUAUUUUCAGCUCACACUGGUACAGGAACUCACAAGUUUUCUCAAGGACUAGCCAAUGCCUUUGCUUCCCAUGUAGAUAAGCUUGCUGCACCAUUUACAAAGAGUGAAGAAAGAGCUGGUUGUUUUGUGGCAACACGGGAAGAUUUAGUAACUUGGGUGCAAUCAAGGAGUCCAUCUCCUAUUACACCGCAAGAUAUGAGCUAAGCUGUAUACCAGAUAAUUAAAAUGUUGAAUCUUGUAAUUUCAGUUUUGUAACAUAAGCAACAUAGGAAUUGCAAAUCUUAAUUUUUUUAUGAUAUCACAUUCCAUCCAUUAAAUUUGGUGUC